UACAUGCAUAGUUUACUCGCAUCGUGAAAAUUUACAUCGAUAAAUUCAACCACAUCCUGUUAUUUUUUUUUUUUUUUUUUUUUUGGCACGGUAUAUACGAUUGCACAAUUUGAAAACGCUUCCGCUUUUCUAGCGAAACGCGUGCGUGCGCCAACAAAGAUGACAAAUGGAUCGUGGAUUUGAAAUGUUUCAAAUAUAUCAUAGCGUGCAGUGUUUACGAUUUGUUUCUUCUUCGAAAGUACAAUAUAAAGUGGUUCUUCGAAAUGUCUUUCUUUUCUCGUUCGUUCGUCGGAACUCACCAGACCAGUCGUAAAUUGUACCUGUUGCGAAGAAACGUUGCUUCUGCGACCGCUAUAUGUGUACGGAGUAUGUGUACAGAUACAUGUAAUUAUAAUUUUUAUAUAAUAAAAAAAAAAAAAAAAAGAAGAAAGGAUACGUAUGUGAGCAUUAGACAAAUAAGUCGAUCGAAAAUAAAAUAGGAAUUAAGCUCGAUUUUUAUUCUUGAAAUCUUGAAUGUACGAGCUCCCCUUCGAAGUUUCGAAACAAAUUCCCGUAUUUACGUAUGAAAAUAUGCCGAUUAUAACGAAAUAGAAUACUAUACUACGUGGCCUCAGUUGGCGCAGCAAUCAUGUUGCGAGAGGAAGUUUUACGUGUGCUUCUUUAUUUGUUAACCGUCUAUCUUGUUAAUUUUUCCAAAGCAAGUUCGUAUGCACCGCGAGACAAUUGUUUGGAAUUCGAUGUGGGUGAACUCGAGGAUUACUUGUCUCGGAAUAUUGAGAAUGUGGCGACGAUCGAUAUGAUGAUCGGCGGUUUCAAAUGUCCUGUCACAGCUUUGCCCUUUGGUGCUUUGAAAUCGGACUGGGCAAGAUUACUGCUUCUGCAGAGAGCGCAACCAAAGGAUUCAAUUCUCUCGAAGAAGCUAGAUCGUCUUUUCAGAAUCUUAGUGAUCGCUUAUUUCCAAAUAGAAGAACGUUUCGAUAUUAUUCAAUCUGGAAAUUUGAGCAGCGUAAAUAACAGCGAUACGAGGAAAGAAACGAAGAGGUUCAACAACUCGACAAUCGAUUUUGGAGAAACGAAUAAAAAUUUUACUGCAAAUACUUUUUUUGACAAUAAAAAUUCCAUUGGCACAAUUAAAACCGAACGAACCACGGGUUCCGAUGCAACGAGAGAAAAUAAAAAUGACAAUUUUAAUACGACGCGUAGUAAUAAUUCUUCGACAACCGUCGGAUUUUUACCUAUUGAUAAUCGGAUAGUAUUUCGCUCGACAACCGAGCGAUACGAGGAAAAAAAGAUGGUAAAUAUUACCGGUUUUUCAGAUAUAAAUACCGAGAAAAAAAAUUACACAGAAAUAUCGAAAACGAAUGAAUCCGUCGCAAUCGAAUACGCGAAUAAUUUUACGAAAGGUCAAGGUGGUACAAAUAUUUAUAUAAAAGAGGGAUUAAAUAAAAAUAAAGAUGACACUUUUACCGUUCCUGCAGUUACCGACAAUUCGGGAAUAUCGAUUUCUAAUUCAAAUCAAAAGUCAAUAGCGAGAGAUAUGAAGGGAGAAGGAAACGGGACGAGAUCAGUUUUCGCCGCUAAAAUUAGCACGAUGAAAUCUGAUGAUGGUACGGAGGAACAAGGUGAUUCGAGAAAAAGAAGUGAUUUUCCUAUAUCGUACGAUUAUGUCACAAAGUUCAAUUUAGAGGGAAUUAAAAAUAGUGUGGAGAUUUUCGAUGUGAAAACUACGAGCGAGCCAAGUCGCGUUUAUUCGAAUAAAAUCUCUACUAACUCGAGCGAAAGUUUUAAUCAAAGUCCUUCGAAUCGUCAAACAAACGACGUCUUCCAAGUCUUCGAAAAGAUUCCAUGGAAUUUCUCGAAUAAGCUGGAGAAACCUCCUAUCUAUAAAAAACUUAGAAAACCUUCGUUGGACAACGAGUUUUGGAAAUACAUUGUAAUUUCACGAAACGUUGGUUUAACUACUCCUGCUGUAGAACCGAAGAUAACAUCACAGAUUAAAAACGCAGAUAAAUCUGAAGCAAGUUCGUCGAAAUCUAAAAAGCGCGGAAGCUUGAAUACGAGUAUUGAAAAAAACCUAAGAUGGUUUUAUAAUUUUGCGCACGAAGAUAAUAAACAAUACAGUAAUAAUCCUGCAUCUCGAGAUCGACAAGGUAUUUAUAUCGAAUGCAACGGGAAGAAACACAGUGAUAGAAAAUAAGCUUAUCAACUUUAUUCUUCCGAAAUGAUUUUUUUUUUUAUGAAAAUACAAGAAAAAAAAAACGAAUCAAACAUUGCCCACCUAAUAAAAUUGUUCGAAUCUCGUCUAAUUGGACUCUACCUUCUCGACUUGCCUUAUCAUAUCGCGUUUCCACAUUGGAGAAGCCGUGGCAUUCGCCGACUGGACGUUUGCCGAUUCUUAUCAGUGGAUCACAGUCCUCCUCCAGUCCAUAAAUUCACGAGCCGGUGACUGAUAUUUACGAGGUAACAUUCCUCAUGCUUUACGACCUCGUCGUAAACGAGUCCUCUUAUUAUUAUUAUUAUUAUUAUUAUUCCAUCGUAUCUAUAAGAUUUUUCGAAUCGUCUGGCGAGUUGAAUCGUUUUGUGAUGCGAUUAACUCACGUACAAUUCACGUUGAAUGGGGCAUCGUGUUUCGGAUGUGAUUACGAUUCGGUUGAAAUUACAUGCGAAAUAGUGGGGAGGGGGGAGAAAAAAGAUAUCGGGAUCAGUUUUGCACUUGUUUAAAACGUUCUCGUUAUUCGCGAGGGGAGAGGAAUGAAAACGAUUGCGAUGAGUUCAUAAUUGGCUUUACGCAAACUAUCGUGACUCGAUGGUUUAAUAACGGUUUUUCGAGAUAGCAGAGCCGAUCAGUUUAAUUUGCAACGAUAGCAUAUCAGUGGGUUGCGGUUAAUAACCAGUCGAAGGUACGUGAACAAAUAGGUGUGUUCAAUCAGCACCCCGCGUCGUUCCAAAUUACUCCGCAAUAUUUUUGUUAAAAUAUCCAUCCGCCGUUGGUCUCAUCCGUCGAUGUACAAUCUGCGAUAUUGUAUAAAUGUGACGCGUGUAUAUCUGAUUAUAAACGAAACGGAGAAUCAUCGAAUUGAAUAAUUUUAUCACUUUAUUUAUGUUAUGCGAGAAAGACGUUUUGUCACAACAUAUCGAAACUUUUAAUAAAGAAGAAGCAAACGAAAAAUUUUGUCUUCAAAUUAUUUUUACAUAUAUAUACAACGUAGAUAAGACUAUCUACUAAGCUUAAAAUCUUAGUCGUUUUUUAAAUUCUUUACGCUGGAAUCAGUUGAAUUGGAAAGCGCGAUAAACGUUGUCUCACAUUUCUCGAGGAAUCGUCGAAACGAUUUUCUUCGUAGAAUCGAGAAACAAAGCGAGUCAUAUUUAUUAAACUCAAUAAUUUUGCAGAAUGGAUUAGCGGUACAUCGCCCCUUAUAUUCCAAGGAAACAAAUUACCUCGCUUCACCAAGAUUCCGGUUGAGAGCAGAGCGUUCCCUUUGCACCUGCUUUUCUCAAUUUCUCACGUCCAUGCUGAUAAACAGUCGCGAUCCGUUCGUAAUUGCGUUAACAGUUGCGACCAAACCGCUUGGAAAUUCAAUGUUCCUCUUCGGGAUAUCGUUUGACGAGUAUUAGAUUAGAUCGACACGCUUCAUAAACUGCGACGUUCGUUUUUCUUCGAGGCGAAGGGAAUCAUUCAAGGGAAGAGGCGUGUCGGGAAUUGAUAAAUGGGGGCGAUCAAUCGCGAGCAAAUGUACAACUCAGCCGAAACAAAUUUGCUCAUUACUUAUCAUUUCUUCGCGAUUACUCGCCCAGUCGGAUUACCCGUUACAUUGUUCCUCGGGGAUGGAAACAAAUUAGCCGUUUCAGAGAAACUUGAAGAGGUUCCCUGGCCUACGUUCCUUCGCUCUUCGUGUCUGGAAUGUUCGUUGCUCGAAACCGUUCGUCAGGAUUACUUUAGCUUCUCGAGUAGCGACGAUAGACUUACUACGUUGUCGUACCACCGACAGAAAGUUCAUGGAAAUCAUUUAACUGGGGAAAGAGUAGCGUGAUCACGGAGGGGAGGAAGCACGGAACAUGGAUGGAUGGUAGUGUGGUGGUAGUGUGUAGGUGGUGGCAAGGGCGAAGAGACGCUCGGUAAUUAUUUUACCGACGAAAGCGAAGGGAUGAGAGUAUACAACUUGCCCCCUUCAUCUCUUUUCAUCCCGCCCUCGUUUCCGGCGGCUUGAUGCUAAUUCAUACUAAUUGGUUGCAUUACUCUCGUUUCAUUCACCUGCACUGCUUCCUCUCUCUCUCUCUCUUUCGAAACCAUCCCCUUCUUUGUUCCUCUGACGUUCCUCCUCUAUAGUUUCUAUUAAUUAAUCACCAAUUAAUUUCGAAUAUUUCCUUCCUUGCUUAAUGGUAAAAAUCUUACGAGUACUUGCCUUUGAAUAUUUUCGAUCGUUCGAUUCCUACGAGAUUCUGUUCGAAGAAACUUGCUUUUGCCGCCUUGUUAUAUUUUAAAAGUGUGAAAGUUUGAUUUAAUUGUGCAAUUAUGCGUUCAUUGUAAUGAAUCAUCCGAUUAUACAUGCUUGUCUUGUAACAUUUCUAUAACAAUAUUUCGAUGAAGUUUCACACUUUUGUUCUUCGAGUUGAUUAAAUUGUUGAUAACAUCGAUAGUAAUAAAUAACAAUAGCUUGUUGGUAAGGCCAUUUCAUUCUUGGAGAUAAAAACGGAGAAAGAUAUUGAAAUUAUUGCGAAAUAAAAUAACGCAUUUAUAUUAUAGAAGAAGAUAUAGAAGAAGAAGAAGAAGAAGAAGGAAGGAAUAUUAUAAAUAGAUGAUCGCUCUUUGUUCUUGGCAGCAUGUUUCGUAACGAUAAAAAUUCCUUUGAAAUCAAGAGAUCUCACAGAUCGCGUAUAUUUAUGGCACUUAUUUUAUGGCACUUGGCACAGUUCGAGGAUUGUAUACAUUUUUUCGUCUGUUCCUUUCUCACCUUUCUUGGAAAAUAAUUGUUCGAUCAUCGAAUACUAUUUAAUUUACUUAACGACGAUUUUACCUAGAAUUCGAAAAAAUUCGAUGAGAAAGCUGGACAAGAAUGUUCGAAAGAAUAAUUUUUGAAAAAUGUUAAAAAAAUCGAUGACCAAAGUCGCAUCUAGCAGAUGGCUCA